GCUUUCGGGCGAUCCGUCGUUUGGCUAUUCGAAAUAUAAAUUUCAAAAUUACCAACCUAUUAGCCAGGCAACGUGCAAUUAAAUUGAGUCGGAGGCAGGGGCGGAAGAGUAGUCAACAGCAAGCGGUCCAAAAGAAAGCACCAGAAGUUCGGGAACUUUUUAUCUCUGCGCGCGUGCGACACACACACAGGCACAAACACACGCGUGCUCGCCACUGACGCAAAAGCGAAAAACAGUGAAAAAAAGGGAAUUGACAAAUAACAACGUUUGGCAAGCACUGGAUUCUGGUCGCUGUUGUUGUUUCUGCUUAGAAAUUGCCACGCAUGGACGACGAAGUCAUCGAGAUUAGCGAUAGCGAACGCGAGGAAACCUCAUCGAAUUCCGAGAUGGACGUUGAAUUAACGGUGGAGCAGCCGGGCGUCGACGCCAACGUCGCAGCGGCAGAGGAAAUUGUGCCCAAGGACGCGGCAACCAUCGCCGAAGAGAAGAAGAAACUGGGCAACGACCAAUACAAGGCGCAGAACUAUCAGAAUGCGCUCAAGCUCUACACAGACGCCAUCUCGUUGUGUCCGGACUCGGCGGCCUAUUACGGCAAUCGUGCCGCCUGCUACAUGAUGCUGCUCAACUAUAAUAGCGCCCUCACAGACGCCCGCCACGCCAUCCGCAUCGAUCCGGGCUUCGAGAAGGCCUACGUCCGGGUGGCCAAGUGCUGUCUGGCCCUGGGCGACAUCAUUGGCACCGAACAGGCGGUCAAAAUGGUCGCCGAGCUGAAUUCGCAGAGCACUGCUGUGGCUGGCGAACAGACGGCUUCGCAGAAGUUGCGCCAACUGGAGGCCACCAUCCAGACGAACUACGAUACAAAAGCCUAUCGCAAUGUGGUCUUUUACCUGGACAGCGCCCUGAAAUUGGCACCCGCUUGCCUGAGAUACCGCCUGCUCAAGGCCGAAUGCCUUGCCUAUUUGGGCCGCUGUGACGAGGCCUUGGACAUUGCCGUCGGGGUAAUGAAGCUGGACACCACAUCGGCGGAUGCGAUUUACGUGCGGGGACUGUGCCUCUACUACACGGACAACCUGGAGAAGGGCAUCCUGCACUUCGAGCGCGCCCUGACCCUCGAUCCCGAUCACUACAAGUCCAAGCAGAUGCGCAGCAAGUGCAAGCAGCUCAAGGAGAUGAAGGAGAACGGCAACAUGCUGUUCAAAUCGGGCCGGUAUCGCGAGGCGCAUGUCAUCUACACGGACGCCCUGAAGAUCGACGAGCACAACAAGGACAUCAACUCGAAGCUGCUCUACAAUCGGGCGCUGGUCAACACACGUAUCGGCAAUCAGCGCGAGGCUGUGGCCGAUUGCAAUCGAGUGCUGGAGCUGAAUAACCAGUAUCUGAAGGCCCUGCUGUUGCGCGCCCGCUGCUACAAUGAUCUGGAGAAGUUCGAGGAGUCGGUGGCCGACUAUGAGACGGCGCUGCAGCUGGAGAAGACGCCGGAGAUUAAGCGACUGCUGCGCGAGGCCAAGUUUGCACUAAAGAAGUCGAAGCGAAAGGACUACUACAAGAUACUGGGCAUCGGGCGCAGUGCAACCGAUGAUGAGAUCAAGAAGGCCUAUCGCAAGAAGGCGCUGGUCCAUCAUCCCGAUCGGCAUGCCAACAGCAGUGCCGAGGAGCGCAAGGAGGAGGAACUGAAGUUCAAGGAGGUGGGCGAGGCGUACGCCAUUCUCUCGGAUGCUCGCAAAAAGGCGCGCUACGACAGCGGUCAGGACAUUGAGGAACAGGAGCAGGCCGACUUCGAUCCGAAUCAAAUGUUCCGCUCGUUCUUUCAAUUCAACGGCGGCGGCGCCGGCGGUGGCCGUGGAAAUUCGUUCAACUUUGAGUUCUAAGGCCCCAUCGCCACAGAGAAGAAGACCAUCAUCAUCAUCGCUCCCUCAUCAUCACUUUCUGCCUCAUCGGAAGCCAAUGUCGCGACCCAACACAGCAGCGCACAAAUUUCAAACCUUUUUGCAUUUUUUUUUCAUACGAACCAGAGAAAUACAAAUUUUGUUUAUGUUCAAGAAUGAGACAAAAAUUCUAUGCAAAUCUAUGCGACAAAUUUCUAGUGUAUUCUCCACCUUUUAAAUGUUGUUUUUAAACAUCUUUUUUCGGCGGCAUUAAAUCAAGAAGAAUAAAUCAUGAAAAAAAAUAUGUAAACGAAAA